ACACUCCCUGAGCUGAGCAGCCAUCUUGUAUAUUUCUUGUUGUUUCAAGUUUAGUCGUAGCGAUUGCUUCGUUUUGUGUUUGUUGAUUAAAACACACGUUGUAUUAUAUAUGGAAUUUAUUGGUAUGCAAGAACAGAGAUAUACAUUGUAAUCGUUAUUUGAAAAUUGUGUAGACAGAAUUUGUUGAUUUUAAACUUUUCGUUUUGAAGAGAGAAGGGGCGCAGUAUCUUGUCUUUAUAUCGUUGAAACAAAUAGACGGAACUUACCAAAAAGACAUUUAUCUUGUUUAGUAUACAGAUAUAAAAUAUGAGUGCCGAAUUAGAUGCGUUAAGGCAGGAAGCCGAAAAUUUAAAAAGUCAGAUAUGGGAUGCAAGAAAAGUUGCCCAAGAUACUAGUUUUUUACAAGUUGCUCACAAUGUUGAAUCAAUCAAUAGAAUACAAAUGCGAACUCGUCGUACACUACGAGGGCAUCUUGCCAAAAUAUAUGCAAUGCACUGGGCGUGUGAUUCAAGGAGUCUAGUGAGUGCUUCACAAGAUGGCAAGUUGAUUGUAUGGGAUUCCUACACAACCAAUAAGGUUCAUGCUAUACCCCUCAGGUCAAGCUGGGUCAUGACUUGCGCUUAUGCACAAUCUGGCAACUAUGUUGCUUGUGGUGGUUUGGAUAACAUCUGCUCCAUAUAUAGUUUAAAAACGCGAGAAGGAAAUGUAAGAGUUAGUAGGGAAUUACCUGGACACACAGGAUAUUUGUCAUGCUGUCGGUUUUUGGAUGACUCACAAAUACUGACCAGUUCGGGUGAUACAACUUGUUGCCUGUGGGAUAUAGAAACUGGUCAGCAACUGACCUCAUUUAUUGGUCACACUGGAGAUGUUAUGAGUUUGUCACUCUGUAACGAUGGUGGUAGAACAUUUGUAUCAGGUGCCUGUGAUGCUUCCGCUAAGGUUUGGGAUAUCCGUGAUGGUAUGUGUCGACAAACCUUUACUGGUCAUGAAUCUGAUAUCAAUGCUGUUUCGUAUUUUCCCAGUGGGGUUGCAUUUGGCACUGGUUCUGAUGAUGCAACAUGCAGAUUAUUUGAUAUUAGAUCUGACUUGGAAUUAAUGUGCUAUUCCCAUGACAAUAUUAUUUGUGGUAUUACAUCAGUUGCCUUUUCCAAAAGCGGGCGCUUGUUGUUGGCUGGAUAUGAUGAUUUUAACUGCAAUGUAUGGGAUACUAUUAAAGGAGACCGCUCUGGUGUGUUAGCUGGACAUGACAAUAGAGUAAGCUGUCUGGGUGUGACCGAUGAUGGAAUGGCAGUAGCCACUGGCAGUUGGGAUAGCUUUUUGAGGAUUUGGAAUUAGACUGUUUUUUCAAUUAAAUUUGCAGCAUCAGCGAACUUGACUUACAAAAAUAUGUUGCUUCAGAGACUAAUUAUUGAAGAAUUUUUAAAAAAGCCUAUAAGCACCAUCGAGUUAAUAGCAGAUGAAUAAUUUGAGCGGGUGUUUUUUUAAAUUCAAGUGUAUACGUGAAUGUGUGAUUGAUGGAGACGUUGGAACAUUACAUUACAAACAAAAAAUCGUGAUGAAUCAUGCAAAGCAGAGUUUAUAUUUGUUGUUGAUUCGUAUAUCAUUAUGUUUGUAACAGCUGUUUAGGGAUCAGAAAACCUUUAAUUUAUUUGAAUAAGAGCUCCACUAUAAAUGCAUUAUAUACUCGCGUAACUCAAGGCGGCAUAUCUUUGUAUCUCUCAUAAAUUCAAGCAAAUAUCACUCUUGACAAUAUCUCUAACUGUUGUAACAUAUUCUAUAUCCUUUAGGAUUUUUUUUCUGCCUUGAGUUAAUUUAGUUAACGUACGUAGCUGUGACAUAUUAAUUUACAGUAUUUGCUAAUAGAUAUAGGUGUAUUGCGAAAUGUCAGUAUUCUUGUUCAUGCGUGUCGUGAAAAGCUGAAGAAAUAUUUCAAAACAUCGUCGAUUUAAGUAUUUUUUGAAAUAAGGAUAACUGCAAACUUCACUAGAUUAAAAUUGUAAAUUUCUUGAACAAAAAAAAAUUAUUAUUUUACAACA